CAUAGAGAACUGGAAGAACUUGCAGACGCUGAAUGCUGUCGACAUGGAGCUGUACACAGGACUCCAGAGGCUGACAAUCAGGAACUCAGGACUACGAAACAUCCAGCCGCGCGCCUUUGCCAAGAACCCUCACCUCCGCUACAUAGACCUCUCUGGGAACCGGCUCACCACUCUCUCAUGGCAACUCUUCCAGACCCUGCGACUCUUUGAACUGAGACUAGAGAGGAACCUUUUUAACUGCAGCUGUGACAUCCGCUGGAUCCAGCUCUGGCAGGAGAAGGGCGAGGCGAACCUGCAAUACCAGGAGCUCUACUGCAUGAACACGGAUGCUGCCAUCAUCCCUUUGCACGAGAUGAACAUCACCCAGUGCGACCUGCCUGAGAUCAGUGUGAGCCAUGUGAACCUGACCGUGCGGGAAGGGGAAAACGCCGUCAUCACCUGCAAUGGCUCAGGCUCGCCGCUGCCUGACGUCGACUGGACGGUGGCUGAUCUCCACUCUAUCAACACGCACCAGACCAACCUCAACUGGACUAAUGUUCAUGCCAUCAACUUGACCUUGGUGAAUGUCACCAGUGAGGACAACGGAUUCUUGCUUACCUGCAUUGCUGAGAACGUGGUGGGGAUGAGCAAUGCCAGUGUGCUGCUCACCGUCUACUAUCCCCCUCGCAUCCUAACCCUGGAGGAGCCGGUGCUACACCUGGAGCAUUGCAUUGCGUUUGCGGUGCAUGGGAACCCCGCUCCCACUCUUCACUGGCUCCACAAUGGCCAGGUCCUCCGGGAGACAGAGAUCAUCCACAUGGAGUUUUACCAACAAGGGGAAGUGUCUGAGGGUUGCCUGCUCUUCAACAAACCCACUCACUACAACAAUGGCAACUACACAAUUGUGGCCACCAACCAGCUGGGCUCAGCCAACCAAACCAUCAAAGGACACUUCCUUGAAAAGCCCUUUCCAGAGAGUACAGACAACUUUGUCUCAAUUGGUGAUUAUGAAGUGAGUCCCACCCCACCGAUCACUGUGACCCACAAACCGGAGGAGGACACUUUUGGGGUUUCCAUAGCGGUUGGGCUGGCAGCUUUUGCUUGUGUCCUCUUGGUCGUCCUCUUUAUUAUGAUCAACAAGUAUGGUCGGCGGUCCAAGUUUGGGAUGAAAGGUCCCGUGGCAGUGAUCAGCGGAGAGGAGGAUUCAGCCAGUCCCCUCCACCAUAUCAACCACGGCAUCACGACGCCUUCUUCUCUGGACGCUGGCCCGGACACGGUGGUGAUCGGCAUGACCCGCAUUCCUGUCAUCGAGAACCCUCAGUAUUUCCGACAAGGUCACAACUGCCACAAGCCAGACACGUAUGUCCAGCAUAUUAAGAGGAGAGACAUCGUUUUGAAGAGGGAGCUGGGAGAAGGUGCCUUUGGGAAGGUGUUCUUGGCCGAGUGUUACAACCUCAGCCCUACCAAUGACAAAAUGCUGGUGGCAGUGAAGGCACUAAAAGACCCCACCUUGGCAGCCCGCAAGGAUUUCCAGAGGGAGGCAGAGCUGCUCACCAACCUGCAGCAUGAGCACAUCGUCAAGUUUUAUGGCGUGUGUGGUGACGGCGACCCACUCAUCAUGGUCUUCGAGUACAUGAAGCACGGGGACCUGAACAAGUUCCUGAGGGCACAUGGCCCAGAUGCUAUGAUCCUCGUGGAUGGGCAGCCUCGACAAGCCAAAGGGGAGCUAGGGCUAUCCCAGAUGCUCCACAUCGCUAGCCAGAUCGCCUCUGGAAUGGUGUACCUUGCCUCCCAGCACUUUGUCCAUAGAGACCUGGCCACCAGGAACUGCUUGGUCGGAGCCAACCUGCUGGUGAAGAUUGGAGACUUUGGGAUGUCCAGAGAUGUCUACAGCACUGAUUACUACAGGGUUGGAGGACACACCAUGCUGCCUAUCCGCUGGAUGCCUCCGGAGAGCAUCAUGUACAGGAAGUUCACAACGGAGAGUGACGUCUGGAGCUUCGGGGUGAUCCUCUGGGAGAUCUUCACGUAUGGCAAGCAGCCCUGGUUUCAGCUCUCAAACACAGAGGUCAUUGAGUGCAUUACCCAAGGCCGAGUUCUGGAAAGGCCUCGAGUCUGCCCCAAGGAGGUUUACGACAUCAUGUUGGGCUGCUGGCAGAGAGAACCUCAGCAACGGCUCAACAUCAAGGAGAUCUACAAGAUCCUUCAUGCUCUGGGCAAGGCCACUCCAAUCUACCUGGACAUCCUUGGCUAGCAGUGGCCACUUGUCAAAAGUCCCUGCUCCUUCCUUCCGUCCUUCCUUCCCUCUCCCCCUCCCAAGACCUUUGCCCCUCAGCUCCUAAGCAAACAUCUUCAUAUAAACUCAAGUGCCUGCUACACAUACAACACUGAAAAAAACAAAACAAAACUAAAAGCAAACCAACAAAACCCCCACAAAACAACAACCUGUAAGGCAGUUUAGCUUAUAUAUAUUUAUAGAUAUCUCUCUAUAUAUAUAACUUCCACACCAAUACAGAAAGAAGCUGCUGUUACAGAAAAUUUUAAGACUUUAAAAAAAGAAAAAAAA